CGCUCCGCUUGUUUGUGACUUCUAUGAAAAAUAACCACGUUUGCGGUAACCUACACGUUAUUUUACUAGCACCACGCUUUUGUCGUGAAAGGAUUAGCUUUGAAGAUGAAAGAUGUUGCAGGUUAUCUCAGGCAACAACAGAGCAUCAGUUCAACCCCUGAAAUGGCGGCUGAAUGGCACUCACUGGAGGACUUGUAUAAUAAAAAGUUGUGGCAUCAGUUGACUCUGAAGCUCACCGACUUUGUGAAAGACCCCUGUUUCAAAGGUGAUGGUCUCACUCAGCUCUAUGAGAACUUCUUGAGUGACUUUGAACACAGAAUCAAUCCACUCUCCUUGGUUGAAAUAAUAUUAUACGUUAUCAGACAGAUAUCAGAUCCAAACGAUUCUGUAACAUUCCUUGAAAAGACUCAAGAGAAGGUGAAGAGUAGUGAUGAGGCCGUCAUACUCUGUAAGACUACAAUCGGAGGCCUUAAACUGGAUCUGAAUGAGCUUCCUGCGACAAAGAAGCUGAUUGAGGAGGUGGAAGAGACGCUGAAUAAUUUGCCAGGUGUUACAUCAGUCCAUGGACGUUUCUAUGAUUUGUCCAGCAAGUACUAUCGUUUCAUUGGGAACCAUGCCCUCUACUACAAGGACGCUCUACGCUACCUUGGCUGUGUAGAUAUUAAAGAUAUUCCAGAAACAGAGAAACAAGAGAGGGCAUUCACUCUGGGUCUUGCUGGACUGUUGGGAGAAGAUGUUUACAACUUUGGAGAACUGCUCAUGCACCCUGUGCUGGAGACUCUGAGGAACACAGACAAGCAGUGGCUCAUUGACACACUCUAUGCCUUCAAUGGAGGCAACGUUGACAAGUUCCAGAUACUGAAGUCAGCCUGGGGACAACAGCCGGACCUUGCAACCAAUGAAGCCAAGCUGAUGAGGAAAAUCCAGUUGCUUUGUGUGAUGGAGAUGACCUUUACCCGUCCGGCCAAUAAUCGACAGCUCACCUUCCAUGAGAUCGCCCAGAGCGCUAAAAUCCCUGUGAACGAAGUUGAAUUGCUGGUGAUGAAGGCGUUGUCAGUUGGCCUUAUUAAAGGGAAUAUCGAUGAGGUUGACCAAAAGGUACAGAUGACAUGGGUCCAACCUAGAGUUCUUGAUCUGAAUCAGAUUAAAGGCAUGCAAGAGCGUCUGGAUGUGUGGUGUGGAGAUGUGAAGAACAUGGCCGUGCUGGUGGAGCAUCAGGCUCAUGACAUCCUGACAUAGAGGGCUGUGAACCUGUUAUCUAUCCUCAUUUACACCUGGAUAGCACAUCAUAAACCUGCCACGUACCAGGAUUACAUGUCAAAUCAUUCCCACCUCUUCCACUAUUCAUUACAUUCCUUGCCUCUGGAUUACAUGUUACAAUAUCCCUUAUAUCUGAAUUACACAUUUACACUCCUCACAGUUGAAAUCACACACCACAAUAAUCCUCACACCUGAAUUGCACAUUUCAACAUGCUUUGCCCUAUAAUAUACCAGUGUGCUGUAGGCAUCUGUAUUCAUUUCGGACAAAUGCACUUAUAUAUAUCUUUGUUUGUGCCUGUUAAUGUUUAAUAUUUCAUUUGUCAUUCAUAUUUCGUGUAUGCAAUGUCCAAUUAUGCCAAUGACUAAGAUAAAAUCCAAAGCCUCAAAUAAAAUGCACCUGAAAGAGA